ACGGCGGAUAUGACGUCAUAGUGUUUACGUUUACUCCGCUCAGUUGAGUCGCAAGUGGUCGUGAGCUAAAGAAAGCGGAUAUAUUAGAAUUUGUUUUUCACAUAUAUUGCCCGCACAGUUUGGGGCGUAACGUUAGUUGUAGUGUUUCAAUGGGCGGUCACGGCGUUUUGGGGAACGAGCCCGAAUCUAUUGACUACUCGGUGCACGAAGCCUGGAACGAGGCCACCAAUGUCUACCUGCUGGUUAUCCUGGUCAGCUUCGCCCUGCUGAUGUACGCCAGAAAAAACAAGAGGAAGAUCAUGCGGAUCUUCACUCUGCCUCCCAGCGUCGGCAGCAGCCCGGAGCCCAACUUCUACGACAGCCUGCAGAAGGUGCGCCUGCGGCAGCAGCUGGAGAUGUACUCUCUGGCCAGGAAGUUUGAGCAGCAGCAGGGCCAGACAGACAGCGUGCAGCUCUCCAUGGAAUGAGAGCGGGGGGGAGCUCUUCCCUUUCUGUCGGAGCGAACACGCCUGCGUCUCCGAGCCCUUUGUGUGUGGGUAGGAAAGGAUCCGGACGGCUGUCAUGAUCACGAAAAAAAUUAGACAGAAGAUGCUGCUCCCAUCCUAAUUGUUUCUGUUUGGCUCCUCGAAUGAGAAGCAUCUUUAUUCACCUUUUUGUGAAUAAUGUACUAAUAACGACCUUCUGUCUUCUUUUCCAUUUUAUUAUGCGAGGAGUAGGUACAGCUGGAUAGAGACGCAGCCGUGUGGCAUCCAGCAGGGACUCUAAUGGACUGAGAAGUGAUAAACCUGUAACUGCUGCAGAUGUCACUGAGAUAUACUUUAAAGUAUGGCGUGAGAUUGAAAGAAAAAUCCACCAUGAAGAUUUCUUUUGCGCACAGAACAAGAUCCUUCAAAUUUAACAUGGGUUCUAGUUGUUUUUUAUUUGUUUUUUUUCUUGUUUGUUCAGUUUUUUUUGUGUCAGCUGGGUAGUAAAAUCCACAUUUUCAAAUGUGAAAAUAAAAGCACAUAAACAAGCAGCUGAGUCAGCAAAUGUUUGGAUUAUCAGACCUGAGUUUAUUUCUUGUUAUAUAAAAUGUAUAUUGAUUGGACUGGGUUUUAUUUGUGACCAUGUGGCUCAACCAUAAAAAUAAAUGUUUUUUUUAUUAUAUAAACUUA